AGGGGCCGCGUGAUGUGGGCGGAGUCUGAGGCUGGUGCGCGCUCCGGCCGUACACCCAGCGGAGGUUUCACAGGGCAGGGGGGCGCGCGCGGGCUGGAGGUACACGGAGCAGAGGGCUCGCGCAGAGUGACGGCGGAUCUCAGUGCUGGCCUCGCUCUAGCUCACCGCACGCACUCACUGCCGCCGCCGGAGAGCGGAGCGCGUCUCUACUACUACCACCACCACCACCACUACCUGCAGGUUGGGCAGGACAGCUUGCCUUUCACAAACAGAGGACUCCCCGCUGGCCGUGCCCCGCUCCCACAUCCCUCCAUGCUGACCGUGAAGAAGAUAGAGAGCGGCGGUGGGGGUGAAAAUGGCACCGAGCCCCUACCCCCGGCCUCCUCCUCCUCGUCGUCUUCCUCAUCAUCAUCUUCCUCCUCAUCCUCCGGGAUCAUGGCCUCGCCGGACACCGGGGCCGCUCUGGAGAGGACCCCACGGAAGAAAGAGAGGGCUUCCCCGGGGGCCGAGCACGGGCCGUCCACAGGGCCGAGCAUCAUGGCGGGGGCGGAUGGGGGGCAACCGGAGACCCCCGAGGGCCGGAGGACCAGCAGGAGAAAGAGAGCCAAGGUUUCCAAAUUUCAGGUGGAAUAUCGGGAAAUGGAUGAAAGUCUUGCAAAUCUUUCGGAAGACGAAUAUUACUCAGAAGAAGAGCGAAAUGCAAAAGCAGAACGAGAGAAAAAAGUGCCACCACCUCCUCCACAAGCAGUCCCUGAGGAAGAGAUUGACAGUGAGCCGGAAGAGCCCUCUGGUGUUGAGGGUGCCGCUUUCCAGAGCAGACUUCCCCAUGAUAGAAUGACUUCCCAAGAAGCAGCUUGCUUUCCAGACAUUAUCAGUGGCCCCCAGCCAACCCAGAAGGUUUUCCUUUACAUCCGAAACCGCACUUUGCAGUUGUGGUUGGAUAACCCAAAAGUUCAGUUGACAUUUGAGGCAACGCUUCAGCAGUUAGAAGCUCCUUAUAAUAGUGAUUCUGUGCUGGUUCACAGAAUACAUUGCUACCUUGAACGGCAUGGUUUAAUAAACUUUGGAGUCUACAAAAGGUUGAAACCCUUACCAACCAAGAAAACUGGGAAAGUGAUAAUUAUUGGUUCUGGGGUGUCUGGUUUGGCUGCUGCCCGACAGCUACAAAGUUUUGGCAUGGAUGUUACUCUCUUGGAGGCCAGAGAUCGUGUGGGGGGAAGAGUUGCUACUUUCCGUAAAGGAAAUUAUGUGGCAGAUUUAGGCGCUAUGGUGGUUACUGGACUUGGUGGCAAUCCAAUGGCUGUAAUAAGUAAACAAGUGAAUAUGGAGCUUGCGAAAAUUAAACAAAAAUGCCCACUUUAUGAAGCUAAUGGACAAGCUUUUCAGGUGCCGAAAGAGAAGGACGAGAUGGUUGAACAAGAGUUCAACAGACUUUUGGAAGCUACAUCCUACCUCAGUCAUCAACUAGAUUUCAAUAUCCUUAAUAAUAAACCUGUGUCGCUUGGACAGGCUUUGGAGGUUGUUAUACAGCUACAAGAAAAACAUGUGAAAGACGAACAAAUUGAACACUGGAAAAAAAUUGUGAAGACUCAGGAAGAAUUGAAAGAGUUGUUAAAUAAGAUGGUUAACCUGAAGGAGAAGAUCAAAGAACUGCAUCAGCAGUACAAGGAGGCGUCUGAGGUGAAGCCACCAAGAGACAUAACUGCUGAGUUUUUGGUUAAAAGCAAACACCGGGACCUGACUACCCUUUGUAAGGAGUAUGAUCAGUUGUCAGAGAUUCAGGUAAAGCUGGAGGAGAAAUUGCAAGAACUUGAAGCCAACCCACCAAGUGAUGUGUACUUAUCCUCGAGGGACAGACAGAUUCUAGAUUGGCAUUUUGCAAACUUGGAAUUUGCUAAUGCAACACCAUUAUCUACUCUGUCUUUAAAGCACUGGGACCAGGAUGAUGACUUUGAAUUCACUGGUAGCCAUUUAACAGUCCGUAAUGGUUACUCCUGUGUGCCUGUUGCUCUUGCAGAAGGUUUAGACAUCAAACUGAACACUGCUGUUCGUCAAGUGCGCUACACAGCUUCUGGUUGUGAAGUAAUCGCUGUGAAUACUCGCUCUACCAGUCAGACUUUCAUUUAUAAAUGUGAUGCUGUUCUCUGUACUCUCCCUCUGGGUGUACUAAAGCAACAGCCACCUGCUGUACAGUUUGUCCCUCCAUUGCCAGAGUGGAAGACCUCUGCAGUUCAAAGAAUGGGCUUUGGUAACUUAAACAAGGUGGUACUUUGUUUUGACAGAGUAUUUUGGGAUCCAACCGUGAAUCUCUUUGGGCAUGUUGGUAGCACCACAGCUAGCCGAGGGGAGCUUUUCCUUUUUUGGAAUCUCUAUAAAGCUCCGAUACUUCUGGCCUUGGUAGCUGGAGAAGCUGCAGGGAUCAUGGAAAAUAUCAGCGAUGACGUUAUAGUUGGACGCUGCUUGGCCAUCCUAAAAGGGAUAUUUGGCAGUGGUGCUGUUCCACAGCCAAAAGAAACUGUUGUUAGUCGCUGGCGAGCUGACCCAUGGGCCCGUGGAUCUUAUUCAUAUGUAGCAGCUGGAUCUUCUGGGAAUGAUUAUGACUUGAUGGCUCAACCAAUCACUCCAGGCCCUGCUAUUCCUGGAGCACCACAGCCAAUUCCACGACUGUUCUUUGCUGGCGAACACACAAUUCGAAACUAUCCAGCUACUGUUCAUGGAGCACUCCUGAGUGGAUUGAGAGAAGCUGGUCGUAUUGCGGACCAAUUCCUUGGUGUAAUCUAUAACCUACCUCGCCAGGGUACCCCUGGGGUGCCGCCUGCUGCUACUUUGUAGUUUCUGUACUGUGGAAAUCCGAUUUUAUGAAUUUUCACUUGAAAAUGCCAUAUUUGCUGUGCAUUAAAUAUUCUGGCUGCUGGACAUCCUUACAAAAAAGCCCAUGACAGACUUACCAUCAAGAAGCAUUAACUUUGUUUUAUAGCAGACCAUGGCACCCUCAUGCAGUGGGACAUUGUUUAUUCACAUUAUUUGUUCUAGCAAUAACAUCAAUUUUUUUGCAUCAUGAAUUUUGCCUCCAAUGUUUCAAAUAAACAUUUAUCUUGGCAUGAAUUAAUUGAUUCCCCCACCCCCACUUUUUUAAUUACUGAUAUAGUUCAGUAGCUCAGUAAUUAAAUAUUGGAGUAUUGUGCAGUAUACAUUUUUAUUUAUUAUUUUCUUGCAUUUUGUUUAUUUGGUAUAGGAGACUAUUUCCUUUUUAGUAAAAAUGCUGGAUUUUUAAUUCCCCUAUAAACCAGUGUUAGAUUCUGGAUAAUCCCAUGCUCAAUAUUAACAUGUCGUUGCCAAAUAAUUGCAUUUUCUUUCUCCUAAAUGCAGGAACUUUUUAUUUCAUUGGUUUUUUUUUUUGGUAUUCUCCUUUUUUACAUUUCCUAAUCUGGCUAAAAUACUUUUUUUUUUUUUUUUCUUUUUUUUUUUUUUUAAACUAGGUAUCUUUAGCUAUGCUAAGUAUAAUAUUGUCUUAACUGUACAGGAGUAAUUCACCACUGUUAAAGUGACUGUCCAGUGCAAUCUCCUCCUUUUUUUUUUUUUUUUUUUUUUUUUUUCCUUCCCUCAUAGGGCGAGGUGUAGAUAAUUUACAUUCUUCUGUUUAAAGGGCCAGACCAUGAUGUAAUACCGUUAAGUAUACGGUGCUUCAGAAAAGCGGAUUGGCAGAAAACACAUUACAAGCAAUUCCAAAGUAUUUUUUAAUAGGCAAUGUACUGGUACGUGGUAGGUGUUGAUGGAAUGAAGUGUUUUUGGCAUUGGCAGUGAAACCUGGACACCACCAGAGGAACCACAUUCUGGCCUGCAUGCUUUGGAUAACAUGGACCAAUUACAUUUUUCCCUUUUCUGGUGGAUGCCCCAGACAUUUCUUGUCAAACUGUCAUCAUAUUGUGAUUAAUGGAUGUGGAGGUUCUUUGUGACUUAUUUUUUAUGGGCUAAUAAAGUGUUCAUUUUUAUACAAUGCUAUAUUCUAUCCUG